UAAACAUAUCGGAAAGGAAUUGCUUUUCCACAGAAUAUAAACUGAUUUAAAUGAUAGGCACUUCUUCAAGAAGGUAUAGUAUACAAAAACAAAAUUUACCCUUAACAUAUCUCAGUACAUAGUGAUAAACUUCUCAAGUCUGUCGAUCAAUGGCAAGAUUGCAAUCUUUAUUCUAUAUAUAUGUAUCUUCAAUACAUAUUACAAAAGUGCAGCCAUCCGUUGUUAAAGAAAACUAGAAAUGACACAUUUGAAAUAAUUCGACUGCUAAAAGGCCAUACAUUGAGACCAUAUCUGUUUUUAAAUGCAAUAAAAUUUGUUUAGCUACGUUUGCACCUGCUUCACUAGGCUAGCAAUUUAGAGAGGCCUUUUUACUUAACAAAUAACCAAAAAAAAUUGUUAAGAUCCGCAUGAUUUACGGAUCACGUAAUUGCGAUCUUUCCACUUAUAGAGAAGGGAAUUUGAUAAGAAAAUUUACUGCCCUGGGUUACGCAUACUUAAGGGAGAAUAGCCCAGUUAGGCAUGAGUUCCUUCAAUGACGCACAGAAAGUAUCGCACGAGUUAUGCUCUCCAGAUGAAGAAUUGUUCUUCAAAGAUAAAUGAUUCACCAUUGGUGAGGGUUGUCUCGUUGUACUGACAAACAGAAUCCAAUUAAGACAAACUUCAAUUAGAGAAGAAAAAGAACGCUAUUGGUUGAAAAGCAAGUGAAAAUCUAGACAUCUGCAAAACCUUUGCGCUGUUCAGUGUGCCAUACAUUUGAUCUCAACAUAGCACAUUACAGAUCAUACGUACAUUCUUCGUAAACUGCACGGAGCUUGACGAUGGCCAAGAUUAUCCUGACUGCAUUGUCUCUAUUAAUGGUUCACAGCUCAAUUGCCAGUACAAGUCAUCCUUCUCUUCGUUAUUUCAAAGAUGGACACAUUAUUAUYGGAGCAUUAAUAGCWAUUCACUCCAAUGUAUCGACGGAUACAGGCCUGUGYAACAAGUUCAAUAACGAUGGUUUUGGAUUUGCACAAGUGUUGGCGUUCACCGUUGAGCAAAUUAACAAAGAUCCAAACAUACUACAACAUGUUAAGUUGGGGUAUGAUAUCCGUGAUUACUGUAACUACCCUCUAAAGGCUAUUGCUGCAACAUAUGAUUUUGUUAACAAUUGGCCAGAAAACAAARUUGUAGGMGUGAUAGGACCCGAAGACUCAAGCACCGCGUUAAAAGUAGUUGGGUUACUUCAGGUUAAGCGCAUUCCUCUWAUCAGUUUCUCAGCAUCAAGUCAAGAACUUACCAAUCCAAUGUUUAGUAACUUUUUCAGGACAAUCCCUCCUGAUACCCAUCAAUCAARGGCUAUUGCUGACUUGAUAGAGUACUUUAACUGGACAUACGUAGCUAUCAUAGCAGUGGACGAUUCUUACGGUCGAUAUGGAGCCAAGGGAAUUGAGGAUAUUGCUAAUACACGUACUAAGUUUUGYAUCGCGUUUACCGAGUAUGUCACUCGAACAGGUUAUAAAAACAGGAUUACAGACAUCGUGAGAAAGCUUAAACAACAAAGCAAUAUCAAAACAGUUAUAUUAUGGGCUACUGAAGURCCAUCAAGACGAUUCCUGGACGAAGCAUUAAGACAAAAGCUCUUUGAUCGAACGUUCCUGAUUAGUGAUUCUUUGGCAACUAACGAUCUAACUUACUUUGAGAAAUAUGCCCAGGUAUUAAAGGGCUGCUUUGGCAUGAACCCAAUCUACCAGGAAUAURAUGAAUACAKAGACUUUAUGAAAACUGUAACACCAGSAAAGACCAAUACCAGUAAACCAUGGAUGGUGUUUUGGGAACAUGAAUUUAARUGCUCAUUUGAUAGAAUAAAUUCAUCUAGUUCUUGCAAAACACAAAACAACCGUACCAUGUCGAUCGAGACUCUAAACUCCAUGUACAACGCYUUUGGCUCAAAAAUUGUCGAUGCAGUUUACGCUAUUGCGUAUGCUCUACAUGAAGUUGAUCGCUGUACAAGAAGCAAUGCUACGCAGGCUCAUUGUUCUAAUGAGACAGAGUUGAUGAAUCCCAUAGAAAUAACAAGGUUUAUACAUAAUGUAAGCUUUAACGGGAAGAGUGGAAGGACAAAAUUUGACAGUUUGGGUGAUCCACUUUUCUCAUGGUAUAAUGUCAUCAAUAUACAAUCCAAAAAUGGAAAGAUUGUCAAAGAAAAUGUUGGAAGAUGGAAUCAAACCAUUAAAAUAGACGAUGCAGCUAUUGAAUGGAUCAACUCCUCCCCUACAGUAUCAGUAUGCAGCCAUGAUUGUCCCCCCGGAACGAAGAGAAUACAYACAGCAAGCUGUUGYUGGAAAUGCAGCGAGUGCGAAGAUUCCAUCAGCCAAGAAAUCAACUCUGAAAAYUGUACAAAAUGCGYAAAGAAACAAAAACCCAAUAACGACAGGAAAUUAUGUGUGGAUCUCACAUUGGARAACCUACARUGGUCAAGUCCAGUGUCGAUUAUACUUGUUUCUUUGACUAUACUUGGCCUGUUUAUCACCGCCGCGGCGUGUGGGAUUUUCAUACAUAUCUGGACCACACCCAUMGUCAAAGCUUCGAAUAGAGAGCUUUCGUGUGUUUUAUUUGCGGCGAUUUUUGCAUCGUUUGUAAUGGCGAUUUUCUACUUAGAACUACCCUCUCCAACWCUCUGUCUCGUYAUAUCUCCCUUGCGUUACGUYCUCAACAGCAUUUGUGUGACUGUAUUGUUCCUUAAGACUGAAAGACUGCUUCACGCAUUCACUCUUCAUUCUCAGCACACUAGGAACCAAUCAGUWGUCUGUAGRCGACUAAGGUUUGGCCAGUCACCAUUUGUUGGGAUUUGCUUGUUGAACUUUAUACCAGCGACAUUGGCUGUGCUAUCGAUGGUAUUGGAUCCUUCUGUAAUUGACGAAGCCAUCAAACCAGGGCAGUCCAUACUCUUGCGCUGCGUUCCAUAUAGUACCUCAAUAGGAAAAGCACUGGAUAUCGCACUUUUAAGUUACCUAGUAAUGAUGGUUGUCAUCUCGACAUCUUAUUCAUUUAAAGCAAGGAAAAUCCCUGAAAACUACAACGAAGGGAGAUGCAUAGUGUUCUCUCUUUAUGUGAUUAUAUUAUCAUGGAUUGUCUACUAUCCUGUACAUUUUACCUUAGAUGGACUGUACGUUGCUGUAGUCUCUAAUGCGUCCACUUUACUAUGUUCCUAUGGAUUGCUAGUAUGCAUCUUUUUUCCUAAACUUUACGUGAUUUUCUUCCAUCCAGAGAAGAACACGCUUGAGUACGCAAGAGCACAGAUUUCUAAACACACCAUGUCUUCAUCAACAUCAAUGGUUUACGUGAAAAAUAGRCAGAAUUCUCAAGUACCUGGCUCAACUACAGUAUCUCCUGAGCAGUUUUCAGACGUGCCAUCUGAAGUGACAAGAAGUCAUGCAGCCAUAUAAACACUAAAUAUUGAAUAAACAAGAGCACAGAAUACGUCUAUCUGGAAUACGCCAGAAAAAAGAAAUAAAACGACCAAGUACCUGGACCGAGUACCACACUAUCUCUCGAGCAGUUUUCUGACGAAGCAUCUAGACAAUGCGGCUGUGCAGCCAUAUAAACACUUAAUAUUGAAUAAACAAGAGCACAGAAUACAUCUAUCUGAAAUACGCCAGAAAAAAGAACGA